UGUUCUGAUAGAUCUUCUCCUCCACUCCACGAACUACGAACCCCUUGGCAGCCGUUUUUCAUCUCCCCAUCUUCCUCCCUUCAGAUCUAUAUGACGUCUCUCCGUCCCGGUCCCGGCUCCAUUGUUGAUCUCUUAAUGGCGGCUUCGAUCUUGAGUAAAAAAAGUGAUAAAAAUUGCGCAUCGCAUUAUGGAUUGAGCGAUAAUGACGCUAUUUGCAUUUUAGAGUUAAGCAGACGUAUCUAUCCGAAAGAUCAGAAGGCACUCUGUCUUCACCGUAGAGCAGAUAUUCUCAAACGGAGCAAAGAUAACAUCAAUCUGUGGCUUACAUAUUCAACCAAAGUUAUCGGCGGCGGCGACAGCGGUAUUACAUAUCGGGAUCUUAGAGAAAAACUUGAAUCAGUAAUUAAUCAUACCCGCUUCUUCGACGACGAGGAAAAAACUAUCUCAUGAAGCCCAUCAUGCAUUACCCUGGCACCUGACACGCUUAAUGUAAUGAAGAUUCUUAAUUUAUCUCUCUCUCUUGAACCUUAUCAAAUCCUAUUUGUUACCUUAUCAAAUCCUAUUUGUUAGUCCUAUUUGUUAAUGGUUCUCAUAUAUAAAAGCUAUGAGAUGUAUGCAAAUUUAUCCUAAAUUUUGCACAAGAGAAACAGAAUAUGAUUUUAUAAUAUGUCGCAACUUAUAUAUA